AUGGAGAAGAAGGGAAUAGACCAAGGCCAUUUCAUGAAUUGCAUUGAGUCUAAUGACAAUAAUUUAUGCAUGAUGGACCAGGAUUCCGGUACUAAUGCAGGUGAAAGGAAGGUAUCUCACAUUGAGAAAGCCUAUGUAACCAUACUGAAAGAGCUUGGGGAGGACAUCCACCGAGAGGGACUUCUUCGAACACCUCUACGCGCAGCCAAAGCCAUGGAAUUCCUCACCAAAGGCUACAAAAUAACCACAAAAGAUAUCUUGAAUGAUGCCAUCUUUGAUGAAAAUCACAGCGAGAUGGUGAUCGUCAAGGACAUUGAGAUUUUCUCUCUCUGCGAACAUCACAUGGUUCCCUUCUUUGGCAAGGUUCACAUUGCGUACAUCCCCAACAAGGUCGUUGUUGGUCUUAGCAAGCUUGCAAGGAUUGCCGAAAUUUACAGCAGGAGGCUUCAAGUUCAGGAACGUCUAACCAAACAAAUUGCUUCAGCCAUCCAAGAAGCAUUGGAGCCUUUGGGAGUGGCGGUCGUCAUUGAGGCAGUUCAUAUGUGCAUGGUGAUGAGAGGCGUACAGAAGAACAACGCCAAUACUGUCACAAGUGUCAUGUUGGGAGCAUUUGAAGAAGAUCCCAAGACCAGGAAGGAGUUUCUCACCCUCACUAUGAAAAAAUGA